CCAUCCAAGAAACUUUUGAGAGCUAAGAAAUUCACACCUGCGGAGAAGGCAGAGGAGAGGAGAGCAGUGGAAAUCUAUGGGCCGGUUCUUGGGACGGAAGAGCCAGGCUGCUAGCUCUGGGGAUCAAAGGCAGGGGGAGGAGAUGACUAGGUGUGACAGACAGCUAUUCGUCUUCCGGACGGACAGACUAGCCAGCUUGCGAGAGUAACUUUUUGCCGGGGCUGCCGGCACUCCUAAUAAUCUUUAUUCGGGAAUCUUUAUUCAGAGGGUUUGAAUGUUUGAGGAGCUGGGUCAGAACCUAAACUGAAUGCUGCAGAAGGAUGGAUUGUGGUGUCUUCCCCCCCCCCUUCCUUGUUUUCUUCUUCAUAGGGCAUCAUUCCUCCCUCCGACCAUCUUGUGCCGCAUCACAUGACGCAGCCCACAGUCCCCGCGCCACAAACACUGAUGCCAGGCCACCCCUUCCCAGCGCAAAUGGAGAUGAUGCACCAGCUGAAGCAGCAGCUGGAAGAGCGGACGCGCAUCCUGCAAGCCGACAUCAAGACCCAGCAAGAGGAGCUGCAUGUAAUCAAGGAGCAGCUGCAACUCGUCCACGACUCCAAUCUGCAGAUGUUCAUGCAGCAGUCCAUGUCUGUGGUCUUCAGCACUGUGCCCUCCCAACAGAGCCCAAGGCAGCAACCAUCGGGAGCAACCAGGCCGGUUGCUUCCAAGAAGCCCCAACAGCAGCAAAGCCUCAUGGGAGCAAAGCAGUUUGGGGGUGCCUCCUCGGCCCCCCAGCCCCCCUUCCUCAGGGAGCCACGUGGUGCAUCAACCCAGGGACAACAGCGGAAACACGUUGCGAGAGGAAGCCAGAUGAAGGCGGGGUGCAUGCCCAUCCAGAUGAGCAUUUCUCUGCCCGCCUACAACAACCCCAUGGUUUUUACUCAAACGCACCCACUCCCGGUGCCCUCUCCGAUGCCACAAGAACUGGGCGAGAGGCCCCAGCCGCCCAAUUACAGCCAAGAAGGAAACUUAAGGAUGUUGUUGGAUCAACCUGUGCAGUCACUGAUGUCCAGCACAAGCGGGAACAAUCAGGCCUCCCAAAGCAACAUUAGUAGGCAGCAGAGCAAGUUUACACAAGAACCGCAGAGUCUGCCUUCCGCAAUCCAGAUGCAACCCGUGACGUGCGCGGCCAUCCGGGCCCCUACGCCGUCCCCUGGCUUCACCCCUUCUCUGAUGAUGCCCCAACCCAGCGCGACUGUCCUGCAGAGCCAUCCGGCCAGCUCCCUCCACCAGUGGACGCCCCAGCCGGUGCAACAGCCUCACCUUUACCUCCAGAUGCCGAGCGCAGCUGAACCAGGGCACAACCAGCACUCUUUCCAGCAACCGCCCUUACCUCAACAGACGGCCACGGUGGGCUACUUCCACCACCCGCAGCCCCCCAGCCACCACCUGCAAGGGCAGCCCUGCAGCUUACAAGACUUGCCCGAAACGCAGCUGCCUUGA